CAGCCACAGCUCACACAGCAAGGUUUACUCAUUGGCAGCUAUCCACACCUUUCAACAUUUAUUCUAAGGAUCUUCCUCAAAUUUAGCUUAACUACAGACUAUGGAGCUUGACGACGAAUCGGACCUCACCUCACUCGAGGGCGAGGGCAACCGGAAUGACGACGCCAGUGACUUAAGCAGCCUCAGUGCUGAUUCCGACUUUGAGCACUUUGCAAAAGACGGUGACGAUGAAGAAGAUAAACGUUCCUCAUCAAGAAAUGGCACGCAAAAGGGCGAAUCUCUUCAAUUAUCACCAUCGAGAAUUGGAUCUGGAAUAUCGCGACCUGCGCCAGCUGCAGGAUUGAAAACAUACGGUGGCAGAAAAUCGCGUAAGAGAGCGAGCUUGAAGCAGGCUAAAAAACCAAAGGCUCCACCACCACCCGAACAAGACCUUGACAGUGACUCGUCAUUGACUUCGUUGGCUUCUUCUCCGCGGAAGAGGCGAGCCUCCGCGUCUGCCCUACCAUCCACAAGUUCUCCAACAAAACGUGCUAAACGGAAAAGUACUACUGCAAACACGAAUGGGAACGGCGUGUCAAAAAAAUCUGUCUCAAAAGCUAGGAUAUUUACAAACGGUGAUAGCGAAUUGCCGAACCUCCCUUCAACCCCAACAAAACGAAAGCGGAAGGAAGCAGGCGUUGAGGCGCAAAGCAAAGCGCCGGAUUCUUCUGUUUCCGUCGCUAGAAGAAGACGUAGCUUUCCAUCUCCGAAAGGAAAGGCCUGGUCAUUGGAGAAUCUUGGGUCUUUGGUAUGGGUCGAGCGCAAUCCCGCAGAAGAGAAGUCUCUUCAAGUGCACAUUUUCUCUCCACCUGCAGAGUCUUCGUCGCCGGUCCUGUCACAUAUCAAUAAUCCCUCUCCCUCGAACGUCAUCUCGUACAAUAGUCGAUCGCUUACCGCUGAUACGUUCUGGUCACUUCCGUCGUCCUCCUCUCGAGCUAGGCCUGUCAAUUUUGAAAAAAUAAAGUCCCGAUGGGAGUUAGCUUGCAAAGAGAUUUUGAAGGAAGACAUUCGGGUCAAUGAUGGCUUUCCCACGUCUGUAGCCGCCAUCCUCUCACAAUCUCUGAGCGAUAGUGACGAAAGCAGGGACGAUUCUGCCUCCAGACGUGGUAGGGGACGUAAGGGCCGAGAGUCGAGUCCGAAACCGCCAGAAAUUAGUCCCUGGUCACCACCACCUCCUGAUCCAAAUGUCACGAUUCCAGGGGAACACGUCUUAUCCGCAACUAAGGCUAAGGGCUGCUCUGGAAAGUACUAUCCGGCUAAGAUUAUUGCUUACGUGGCACCGUCUGAUCCCACUGUCCGUCCGAAAUAUACGGUUCAUUUUAUGGAUAAUAUACAAGAAGACGUGACCCGGGAUAAGUUCUACAUUUACGAGCAGGAAGAGUUUGGGACGUGUAAGUUAGGAGAAUUUAUGUCCGUUGAGUCAUUACAUGAGGGGGAUGCCGAAGACGGCCUUGGCGAAGAUAUUUUCACGGAGACUAAUAAUGACUUAGUCAUUCCCGAAUUUCCAUUACUCCCAGCCCCUCCUCCUGAGAAGUUCUGUGAACUCUCGAUGGUCCAGCAAAUAUCACAUAUAAUGCCAAUCCUUAAGGAGAUCACCAAUAACAAUUACAAACCCGCGGAGAAACGUGUGACGGCAUUUCUCAACGGCGGCCGUGAGCGAGUGGAAAUGUCAAGGGAGGCGCCGCAAAGGGGGACUCUCACCCGUGUAGAGCUGAAUCAGCUUGCCCGCAUCAUCAAAAGUUGGGCUCAACGGAUCGGACAGUCAAACGAUGCGACGCGGGAUGUCAAUGGCUCGCGUGUGGUCGAUACUCACGAUCAUCCGGACCUAAGGCCCAAAUCCCCUUCGAAAGAGGAUGAGUCACUGCAAGAACCCUCGUCUUCUCCUGAAGAUCUGUUGGACAAGCAGGUGUUGCGCGAAGUUCAAGACGAGGGACAGGUUCCAUCGCUGCCCCCAUCAUCAUUACCUCCAUCAUCGACAGCCAAUGUUCAGGACGAUUCGCCCAGUAAUACGCCUAAAGUAGUCGGCAAGGACGAUCUUAAUGGAACUGCACACGAGUCCGCCGACAAGGUCGAACCAUUUUCAGAUGAUCUUCGACAAGAGGAUGGCGUUGAGGCGGUUGCGAAUCAGCAGGUGUUUGUUGCGCCCACAUCUACGAAGUCGAACCCGACCAACCCGUCGUUUGAGGAUCUACUGGGUCACGAAAAGAUUCAUUUCUGCACAGACGUGCUUUUGAAAGAAGCAAUAAUCCAAUUACUCUUGUGGCGAGUAGGGAAGCGACAAGUCCCGGAACCACUAUCAGACGCCGAGGAAAUACUUCUCCAUGAGAUUGGAUCGAAUCUAGCCAGCGAAUUUGACAUUGCACAUACCGUAAGGGCUCUUCGGAUGAGAAAGGAAAAAUCACUACAGGCCAAGAAAAUGUCUUCGUCAUCAAAACAGGGAAUUUCAAUAGGAGGAACACGAACACGACCUAGGAAGGUUUGAUAUACCAUACGUAUAUAAUGUAAAACAUGCAUAUGCAUAUGUAUACUGCUGCGGAAAUUUUGGCUUUCUUUUAUAUUUCGGCGUUCUCUGUAUUCUAAUGUCAAC